CUGCGCCGACGGCUGCGCGCGGACUGCCGCCUGACACCUCCACGGCUGAGUCCGAGCCUGCCCCCCCGAGCUCCCCCCUCCCGCCCCCUCGGCUUCACUUUCGCACGGUCGCGAACCCGUCGCGACACUAGUUUAAUUGCAGCCGUUGCAGAACCGGAUUUAUUGUCUCCCGUCGAUAUCACCUCCUGUGUCAUGGUGCCCGCUGCCCGCAGACGGACGGGAAUUAAGUAG